UACUUCUAUAUACACACAUUCCCGAUCUGGAAUCUUCUAAUGUAAGUGUGAGUAUUACAUUCUCUUCCUCUCUCUUACAUGCUUCACGAUUCUUACUCAUUGUUUAAGAGAAUGCUAGAAUAAGUAUAUCUCAGUUGUUACAAAAAAUAUAACCUAUAGAUUUAAUCAUGUUAAUGUUAAAUUGAUAUCAGUACAUAGAAGAAUAAAGUUAUCUGAACAAAUUUUCAAGUACCAAAGUAAUCAGUUUGAUUCACGUAGUAGCGUGACAUGUGUUUUGUGGCCGAAGCGAGACUCAAGCGGAUUGAGCAGAGAAUAAAGUGACAAAACAGAAUACCAGAAGUUUAUAAAAUUUGUAUAGCUGUGCGCGUAACUGCGUAUAAAUUCUAACAAUAUUGAAGUAAAUUAUUCUUAACGUUCUAUAGAAAUAAGAGUGAAAAUUAUUUAUUAGAUCUCGAGGAACGAUAUUAACUAAAAUUUCGGGGGGGAAAAUAGAGGUUAUCCGUUUUCUCCAAGUUUUCAUCAGCAGUGGUGAAAAUUAUUGAAAUGGCCGGUGCGAUGUUGUUCGAACGUGCACAAGCAGUGUCGAUGACGAAUCGUAGUGAAGGUAUUUCACUUCUGAAUGAAAUUGUCUCCGAUCCGAGGAUCGGUACUGCGGAAGAUGAUGAGGAUAACAUUCGUGUGAAAGAGCAAGGCAUUUUGCAUCUUGGCGAACUUUACAAAAAAGAAGGGAAGGCGAAAGAAUUAGCUGACUUGAUUAAAGCUACCAGACCAUUUCUUAGCUUGAUUAGCAAAGCAAAAGCUGCUAAACUCGUGAGAUCUUUGGUAGACUUUUUCUUGGAUUUGGAAGCUGGUAUUGGCAUUGAGGUCCAAUUAUGCAAAGAAUGUAUAGAGUGGGCAAAAGAAGAACACAGAACAUUUUUAAGGCAAUCAUUAGAAGCACGUUUAAUAGCAUUGUAUUUUGAUACUGGCAUGUAUAGCGAAGCAUUACAGUUAGGAUCGGCUUUACUUAAAGAACUCAAAAAACUAGAUGAUAAGCAACUUCUAGUUGAAGUUCAAUUACUGGAAAGCAAAACGUACCAUGCAUUGAGCAAUUUAGCAAAAGCAAGAGCAGCUCUUACCAGUGCUAGAACGACUGCUAACGCGAUUUAUUGUCCACCUAAAAUGCAGGCUGCUCUAGAUUUACAAUCGGGAAUUUUACAUGCGGCGGAUGAACGAGAUUUCAAAACUGCGUAUUCAUAUUUUUAUGAAGCAUUUGAAGGAUAUGACAGCGUGGAAAGUCCAAAGGCUUUAACAGCUUUGAAAUAUAUGCUGCUCUCAAAAAUUAUGUUGCGUACACCUGAAGAUGUUCAAUCAAUUAUGUCUGGAAAGUUAGCCGUUAAAUAUGCAGGGAGGGAUUUGGAUGCCAUGAGAGCAGUUGCUGAGGCGAGCCACCGACGUUCGCUAGCUGAUUUUCAGACUGCCGUGAAGAAAUAUCGCGAAGAACUGGAAGAUGAUGUAAUUGUUCGUGCCCAUCUCGGCUCCCUUUACGAUGCUAUGCUUGAGCAAAACUUGUGCCGCUUGGUCGAACCAUAUUCACGUGUACAGGUCAGUCACAUUGCAACCUGCAUAUCAUUACCUCUUGCGCAAGUGGAGAAGAAGCUGUCACAAAUGAUAUUAGACAAAAAGCUAAGAGGUGUUCUCGAUCAAGGCGAGGGCGUUUUAAUCGUUUUCGAAGAUACUCCGCGCGACAAGACCUACGAGAUCGCAUUAGACACUAUACAUAGUAUGGGGAAAGUUGUCGACACUCUUUACCAAAAAGCAAAGAAACUCACUUAGCCUUAUUUAAUAUAUAUUUCUAACAACAACCUUUGUUAUAAUUAUUAUCGUUAACUAUCAACUUUCGUGUCAUUGGGAAUCAAACUAAAUCUCGUUUUUCGAUGUUCAUUAGAUUCAUUAUGCAACGUGAAACAUGUUCUUUCCUACCUUUGGCAUUUCUAUUAUUCUACUUAAUUCAGUUCAAUGUAUAGAAAAUUUGUUUUGUCAAUCUAAUGAAAGUAAUUGAUCAUUAAUGUAUAGAAUAUAAAAUACAAUAAUAACACAUUUUAUCGAUUUACUUAUCUACAGGUUUUAACAAAAUAUAUUCAACAUUCGCGAAAUUGUAUGCCGUACAUCUCCUAAAAGACUACAUUUGUUUUCAAAUAUAGUCAGAAUAUUGAAGUAAAUAUCAUUUUUAUCCCAUCCUUUCUUAAAACUUAACGUUGAAAACGAUUAUAUCCAAGUAUUGACUUUUUCUCUAAUUCGGUUGAUUAAAAUAAAAGUACAUGUAUCGAAA